GAAAAAGAGGAAUAAUUUUGCUCUAAGUUAGUUAAAAAAAAUAAUCAAUGGGGAUGAUGAAAAUUCCUCUAUUUGUGAUCUUGAUCAUAGCGUCCGCAGUGAUUUUCAUCGAAAAAACCUACAUCUUACUACCGUUCCUCUUCCAUGGGCUCUCCCGAUCAACUAUUUCCCUCUUUAAUUUCAACACGCCUCCGGUGGAUUUGUACGAUCCUGAGGAUAUUUCGCUAGAUCGUGUAUAUAUUCCUCCGGCGGACGAAAUACAAACCGUGAUAGUUCUAAUGUUUUGCUACGCUAUCGUCUGUGGGUGUUUUAUGUGGUUCUGCUGUUGGUUAUACAGCGGUACGCAGCUAGGGAGAUUAAUGGGGACCAGAGAGUCAAGACACAGGACUACACAAGUUGCAUCGGGAGUUGUGUAGUUUUGACUACAGGUUAUGAAAUAUGUUGACUUGUUUUUUCUAUGUAUUUUGGUCAAAUUUGUAUUUCUUAUGGGGCAUCGAAUCUGUUCCUUUGACACACGUGGAAGAAUAUUGGAGAGGUUUUUUUU